ACCGUGUGCCUUUGCCUUUCCGCAGAGGAGCGCGAUCCCCCACCCCAAACCGGCACGGGAUGCCUCAGCGGCGGCCGCGCCUGGCGCCCCUCACCCGCCGCCUCUCCACCUGCCGGGACGGCGACCUCGCCGCCCUCCUCUCGGUCCUCCGCUCGCCGCCAGCAUCCUCCACGUCGCUCCCGCGCGCACUCUCCAGUGCCUUCCCGUCCCCAUCCGACUCCUUCCCCCUCGGCAAGCUCCCCUCCCUCCUCCCGCUCCUCCCCUCCCCACUCCUCUCCCUCCGGUUCCUCCUGUGGCGCCUUCCCCCCUCCUCGCCGCUCCCGUCCUCGUACGCCCUCUCCUCGCUCGCCGCCUCGCUCCCCGAUCUCCCGUCCGCCGUGCCCCUCCUCCUCUCCUCGUCGCCGCAACCUCUCCCGCUCAGGCACUACGCCCUCCUCCUGGGCAUCUCCGCACACGCUGGACUAUUCCCCGCCUCCCUCGCUCUCCUGCGGCACAUGCGCUCCUUCGGCCUCGCCCCCGAUGCUGCUUGCUUCCGCUCCGCCCUCCGCUCGGCCGGCUCUCCCGGCGAUGUCUGUGCCGUUCUCGGUAUCAUGUCGGCGUGCGGUGUCUCGCCGAGCGUCCCACUGGUUGUGACCUCGGUGCAUAAGCUGGCAACCGCGGGGGACUUCGUCGGUGCCCGCCAGCUGAUCGAGAAAAUGCCGGAGUUUGGGUGCGUGACCAAUGUGGCCGUGUACACCGCGUUGCUCGACGGGAUGUGCAGUUUCGGGGAUGUGGAUGCAGCGCUGAGGCUGGUGGAAGAGAUGGAGGGUUGGAGCUUGGGUGCAGGGUGCGUGCCCAACGUGGUGUCGUAUACGUGUUUGGUGAAAUGCCUGUGUGGGAAAAAGAGGAUGGGGGAGGCGCUGAGCUUGCUGGAUAGGAUGACAGGAAGAGGGGUGAUGCCCAACCGGGUGUUCGUGCGAACGCUCGUCGGCGGAUUCUGUUCAGAGGAGAUGGUCGCAGACGCUUAUGCUGUAGUGGAGCGUGUGGUCAGCGAUGGGAGUGUGUCGAGCGACCAAUGCUACAAUGUGCUGCUUAUUUGCCUGUGGAGGGUUGGGAUGGAUGGUGAAGCUGAAGGGCUUGUGCAGAGGAUGAUGAAGAAAGGGGUGCGGCUGAGCCCUCUUGCGGCCAGUGUUAUGGUCAGAGAGCUUUGCAAUAGGAAUAGGCUAUUGGAUGCUUGCUACUGGAUAGGAGUCAUGGAAGAGAACGGGGUGCUCUGUGACACUGAUGUCUACAAUGGUUUGUUGCUUAGGCUGUGUGUGGAAGGGCAUGUUGGUGAGGCCUUGGCGUUGGCUAAGAAGGUUGCUGAGAGGGGGAUUCUCAUAGAGGCUUCUUGUGCUGAUCGUUUGAUGGAUUUGCUAAAGCAAUAUGGUGAUGAGGAGCUAGCACCAAAAAUAUCAGAACUGAGGAGGUGCUCUGAAGUGCUGUCACAUUAACCAAUGUGUGAUCCGAACCCUCCUACAAGUAUCAUGCUUGGUUGAUUUCAAAUCAAGAAAAAUGCUUCCGUGCUGCAUGAUUACAGCAAGAAAAGGCUUUGAGGGUUUGUUACGCUGAAAUAGAUUGGUGGGGAUAGGGUGCAGCACAGAGUGAUUUGUGUGAGCAAAAUGUGGAUGAGUUACUUCAUUUACUUGCCCAUUUCCUGUAGUUUUUCUGAACUCUGUUCAGAUCCUCCAGUCCAAGGGAUGCUUCAGGACAUGUGAACUAUGAUUGCGAUGGAAUUCUCAGGUUCCUCAUUAGUAUGCUCCCAAACAGAUAUGUUUGUUUAAGUGGUGAUCAAUCAAAUGUUUUACAUUUUUAAAGAACACAUAUGCUGACACUGUAACUUGUAGUAGUUCUUCGACCUCCGUUGUAUAGCGGCCAACUCUAAUCAAGAUCAGGUUACCGAUUUA